UGUGUGUGUGUGUGUGUGUGUGUGUGAAGUCACAUCUGUGACUCUGCUUCGAUGUAAGAGCUUCUCUUUACUUCUCUAAUCCCCUCCAACGGGCCAUCUCCGUCUCCAUCCCUCCAUCCAUCACUCCAUCCAGGGGAUUUGGCUGCCAUUAAGAGAUGGCUUUUUGCUGCGCUUGUGUGUCCCCUCACACACACACACACACACACACACACACAGACAGGCAGCGGAGUGAGGAGGACCAGGGGUAAAAACACAGCAGUCAUGCGUGUUUGUGGGUUUCAGUGAGCACCGUUUCAUGCACAAGCGUCUGCUCCACCUGCUUGGUUUGGCCGUAGAAGGUACACCUGGGAGACUGGCAUGGGACGGGCAGGAUGGACUCCGGCCUGCGUCUGGUCUGGAUAGGGAGCUUUAACACACAUGGAUCCGACUCUCUGGGAAGGGCUCCAGACCUCCAUUAAUCCUGGCAUGUUCCUGACGAGAGACGGCAGCAAUGACUACCAUCACUUUCACCGUCUCCGUGCUCUGCCUGCUGCCUCAGUCGGCGUUGGCGCGGUGGGCGUGCGUCCGGGCCUGCCCGGCGGCCUGCACCUGCACCCAGGAGAAGAGCUGCAGCGUGCUGUGUGACCGCUCCGGCCUGGCCGAGCUGCCCAAAGAGUUUCCCUGCGAGGCCUCGGCCAUCAGCCUGGAGAAGAACCGGCUCAAGUUCCUGUCAGAAAGGGCCUUCGGUACCCUGCCCUCGCUGAAGUCGCUGUCUCUGGACCACAACAACAUCUCUUUCAUCACCCCGGGAGCUUUCAAGGGCCUCUCCAACCUGUUGGAGCUGAAAAUGGCCCACAACGACUACAUCAGCUACCUUCACACGCGGGCGUUCACGGGGCUGAAGAAGCUGCUGCGGCUGGACCUGUCCGACUGCAACCUCUUCAGCAUCCCCGACCGCAUCUUCAUAGAGCAGACCGCGCUGAAGGAGCUGCUGUGCUUCCAGAACAACUUCAGGAGGAUCCCGGGGGCCAUCAGGGGCAUGGAGAACCUGACGCACAUCUACCUGGAGAGGAACAAGAUCGAGGCGGUGGCCUACAACUCCCUGCUGGGCCUGGGGAGUCUCAGGUACCUGAACCUCCAGGAGAACCGCAUCAACGUGAUCCACGACAACGCCUUCCAGGACCUGCUGCGCCUGGAGAACUUCUACCUCAACGACAACCUGCUGUCCGAUCUGCCCCGGCUCGCCUUCAGGGGGCUCGCUCGCCUCAAGAUGCUCAACCUGGGCGGGAACCAGCUGACCAACGUGUCGAGGACGUGGUUCGGUGACCUGGUGGAGCUGGAGGUCCUGUACCUGGACAGGAACCAGCUGCUGAACAUCGAGGAGGGCGCCUUCGAGAACCUGACCAGCCUGAUCACGCUCCACCUGAACAGCAACAACCUGAGCACGCUGCCCUUCAGCGUGUUCCAGCCCAUCUACUUCCUGGGCCACCUGUACCUCUUCAGAAACCCCUGGGAGUGUGACUGCUCCCUCGACUGGCUCAAGCAGUGGAUGGAGAGCUACAAGCUGGUGCGCGACAUCCCCUGCGCCGCGCCGCCCUCCUUGGCCGGUCUGGACCUCAGCCAGGUGGUCUUCCCCGCGGUGAACGGCACGUGCGUCGAGCCCGCCGAGCUCAACCUGACCACGGCCUCCUCGGAGAUCACCGCCACCACGGAGAACCGCUUCAACAGCCUCAUCUCCAAGCUGCUCCAGCAGGAGCUCAGGGAGGAGAUGGGAAACGGGACGGAGAGCCUGCGCAACGACACCCUGCUGGAUUCGGAGGAGGCCCAGCUGGCGGCGGGCGUUGGGGGGCGAUGGACCCAGUCCGUCCAAUCGCUGCUCUGCUUCACUCUGACGUGGCUCCUCUUUGGUCCGCUUCACCUGUCAGACGCUGGCUUCUGGCUUUACUGCACAUGAGAGCCGCAGAGGACAGAGCGGAGUGUUUGUCUCUCUUCUUGGAUAAAGCGGGCCGUUCUGUAUCCAGCGAGGUCUGACGGCUUGUCGGCCAUUGUCUCUGCUGCCAGAUGUUGGCUUUAGGACGUUCUUUCUGCUGAGCUGUGAGUGCGACAGGUGGAAGCUGACUUAGCUAGCAUGGUUUCUACCAGAACGCUUGGAACUGAAACCCGGACUACAUGCCGUACACGCCGCAUUGAAAAAGUAUUUACCCCUUCGCAGAUUUCUUUUGCUUUUCUUGAAAGUUUGAGAUCGAUAAACACAUUUUAAUAGAAGACAAAUAAUGAGUAGAAAUUAAAGGCAGCUUUUAUAUAAAGGUUUCCAUUCAUUAAAGGAAAGAAGCUCUCCAACCUGGCUCCAUGUGAAACGGCCCCCAUUUGACCCCUAAAUGUAACAACUGCCAUCAGGCGUUUACUCCGGGUGGCAAAAUUGUUGCAAUUCAGCCACAUUAGAGUUUUCGACAACGAAGGGCUUAUUUAAGGUCUUGCCCCAGGAUCUCUAUCGGACGGAGGUUUCAGACUUUUCUGCUUUGUUUAGGUCAGCCCUAGCAGGCUCCAGCUUCAGGUCACAGACUGAGGGCCAAACAAUAGCAUCAGGGUUUUCUGGUAGAGAGCAGAGAUUCCGGGUUUUUUAUCCAUCUAAGCAAGUCCUCCAGUUCCUGAAGCAGCAAAGCAGCUCCAGACCAUCACACUACCACCACCAUGUCUGACUGUGGGCAUUAUGUUCAUGGAAUGCUGAGUAGGCUUUAUGCUAAAUGCAGUAGAACACACCGCAGAACACUUUCCCAGAUGUUUUGUGUGUGUGUGUGUGUGUGUGUGUGUGUGUGUGUGUGUGUGUGUG